AUGAAAGCCCUGGUGGGAGCAAAACUUAUUGAUGGCACCGGCGGACCGGUACUGAACGAUGCCACGGUCUUGAUAGAUGGUGAGCGCAUCGUGGAAGUUGGACCCCGCUUGGCAGUUAGCCUGCCUCCACGUACAGAGGAAGUGGAUGUUUCCGGCAUGACCCUGAUGCCAGGGAUGAUCGACUGCCACGACCACCUGGCCUCCAAGGAUUAUGGCCUUGCCAGCCGAAUGGGCUACGAUUCUCCUCUGUCUCUUCAGCAUUUGCGCACGGCCAAAGUACUUGAACAAACAUUGGAAGCCGGUUACACCUGCGUUCGGGACGGUGGCGGACUGGACGCAGGAUUCAAACAGGCAGUGGAGUCGGGACUGUACCCCGGCCCCAGGCUGGUUAUUUCCGUAGCAAUCAUUUCUCCUACCGGUGGACUGGCGGACAAGGUUACCGCUUCCGGCCAUUGCUACCCUCACGGCGACCCAAUGAUUCCCUCGGGCGUUGCAGAUGGAGAUGAUCCGGUACGAGCCAAAGUAAGGGAAAUGUGCCGUGUUGGGGCAGACGUUGUUAAAUUCGCCACUACUGGCGGCGCCAGUUCACGCCCCGGCCACGGGCCCUUGGAUAUAGCCUUCGGCCCAAAGGAAGUUAAGGCGUUGAUCGACGAGUCAAGGGCCCUGGGCCGCCGCACCAUGUGCCAUGCAGUGGGGGGGCCAGGACUUCGCAUGUGCAUCGAGGCCGGCGCCAAUUCGGUGGAACACGGUAGCUACCUGGCCGAAGACCCCGACUUGUCAAAGAUGAUGGCCGGCGAGGGUAUCUUCCUGGUGCCAACCUUUGAGAUUUACGAAUAUCACGCUACGCUCAGCGCGCCCCACAUGCAGGCACGUUCCAGAGCGCUAAUGGACAUACACAAGGAAAGCCUGCACCAGGCCCUGGCGGCCGGCGUCAAAGUGGUUGCCGGCACCGACGCCGGCGGCUACGUACACGGUGACAAUGCCCGUGAAGUCCAGAUCCUUGUAGAAAAGGGUAUGUCCACCAUGCAGGCAAUCCAGUCUUGCACCGGUUGGGCCGCCGAAUGCGUGGGACUGGAAAAGGACAUUGGCACCAUAAGUAAGGGCAAGUACGCUGACCUCUUGGUAAUUGACGGAGAUCCUCUCAAGGAUAUUGAAGCGCUUCGCCGCCCCGAUAGCAUAAAAUUGGUAAUGAAGGGAGGCGUAACGGCCGUGGAUAAGCUUCCCGUAAAGGAAGCCGAGCCGGUUGCCUGA